UAUUUUAAAACUUUUCUUUUUCCAUCAUUCGUGGUUGACGGUCCCUUCAAAAGAAAAUGUUAACCUACAUACACAAUAUUUUUGUAAGCUGGCUGUGGACUUUGUGCUACCUAUGUCUAUGUAUUUAAAGUGCGUUGUGGGUUUGAACAGCCAGCAGACUUCAAUCUUUAUCAGUUUGAAAUUUAGAACAUUGGUUAGUACACUAAAUACUGCGUUUAUCUUUAUGCAACACUUAUGGUCUUAAAUUUUGAUAACACUUGUUAUAUGACAGAAGGAGUCAAAACAAUUGUGAAUAGACAAAUAUUUAAAACGAGGACACUUCACAUUACUUAUUGAAAAUGGCAACUUCUGUAAAUUCAGUUCAUAAUAGUUCAGAUUUAGUGAAGGAUUAUUCGUGCAGCACUUGUGAAAGUAAAAAAAUUGAAACAAAUGCUGAAUAUUUUUGUGAAACUUGUUUGAAGCGUUUUUGCACAAAAUGCAUUCAUCUUCAUGAUCAAUUAUAUGUAAACCAUUUGAAAUAUGGAAGAGGAGAAACAAAUAAAUGGCCUCUAGCAAAAACCAUUGAAGAUUUGCUAAUGAAAUGUGAUAUUCAUAACAAGAAGAAACUGAAAAUGUUCUGUCAGGACCACAGUAAGCUGUGCUGCUCUGAUUGUGUUCUACUGAAUCACAGACAGUGCACCGAUCUUGCUCUUAUUGCUGAAUCAGUCAAAACGCUGUCAGUGGAUAUGCAGCAGUUAUCAAGCAAAAUUCAAGAAAUUCUUGCUGAACUGAAUCAUUUUACAAAAACGCAAGAGGCCAGCAUUCAGUCCAUGGAAGGAUCAUAUAAUGAAAAAUUACAAGAAAUCAGAGAGCAGCGUAAGACAUUAAAUGCUGCUUUGGAUAAACUAGAAAAUACAACCUUGAAAGAACUGGAUGAAAUAAGGACAAUAUUGCAAACCUCUUUAAAGAAAGAUGUUGACAACUGUAGCAGAUUGAAACAUGAACUUCAACAACUUAGUGAAGCUGUACAAGGACUUCAUGAUAAGAACAACAAAGAAAUGGAGUUCGUAGCAAGCAUGAAAUGUCAGGACAAAAUACACGAGUCUGAGUCAUAUUUGAAUGAGAAUUCUGUUCAGGUGCAGAGUACAAUUAUUUUCAUGGCGAACAUAAACAUUGAGCAGUACCUUUUUCAACAGGCAAGUCUCGGGAGGAUUGUAGACAGUAUGGCGAUGAAUCCAGACACAGUGUUGACUGUAAAGAGGAAGUCACAGUCUAAUAUAAAAAUACCAAAAGACUCGAGUGAUAAUUGCAACAUCAGAGGCAUUUGCAGUCUGCCUAGUGGUCAGGUUAUUGUUGCAGAUAGUAAUAAUACGAGAGUCAAGAUGUUUGACAAGUAUUACAAUUUGUCCAGUCUCUGUGAUGUGUCUGGUUUUCCAUGGGACAUUUGCCUAAUCUCAUCUAGUGAGGUGGCUGUGACUCUUGAUUCUGAUGGUGUGCAGUUUAUGUCUGUGAGUAAUGGACAGCUAGCGAAUGGGAGAAAGCUACAGUUGCCACAUAAUGCUGUUGGCAUUGCCCACCACCAUGGAGCAUUGUAUAUCACCUCUAACUCUGCUCUUUACCACUACACACUAAAUGGGACACUUGUGAAAAAGCUUUAUGAGGAUGGAGGUGGUUACUUAACAGUGUACAAAUGUGCUGUUAGUCCUGCGGUGGAAAGGAUCUAUGUCACCAACUUUUCCCAGCACACGCUCAUCACUCUUGCUACAGAUGGCACCCUGAUAUCCACAUUCACGGACCCUGAACUACGUAACCCAGAGGGUGUAUGUGUAACAACAUCAGGACAAGUUAUUGUUUGUGGAUGUGUCUCUCAUACUGUCAUACAGGUCGAUCAUGAGGGAAGAAAGAAACAGGCCACUCUGUUAGCAAAGAAAGAUGGAAUGACCAGCCCACUGUCUAUAAGCUACAACACUUACAUUAACCACAUUAUUGUGGGACUAGCUCAUGACAAUUACAUAAAUCUUAUAGAAUUAGAAUAGCCAUUCCACUGGACGAGAAAUUAAUAAUUAAAUGGUUAUAGAAUGUUAUUUCCAGUAAAUCUUUAUAUGGAACAUUUAGUUAUAGCUGUUUAUCUCGAAAUUUCAAUAUAAAUUGUCCAACAGGUAUCACAUACUAACUCAUUGAUGAGCUUUACUUCGACUUAAGUUGCACAUGUUUAACAUACCUAUGGUUUGAUACUCUGGAAUGUGAAUUUGUAAAAAAAACUUGAAUAAAACGAACUAUUAUACUGACAGACUGAUGUAUGGACAGACUAUUAUACUGACUGACUGUUAUACUGACAAACUUUGGGAAUAUUUUGUGGGACUAGAGUUUAAGUUUGCAUUAUUCACACUUGGUCACUGGCAUUUAACUUUACGUCUAAAGAUAAUGCUUUAGAUUCACUGUGUAUUAAAUAGGUUAAUGCAUACCUCUGUCAGAUAACAAUCAGUAAGGGGAAAUAUAACGACAGUAUGAUAUGAUAGAUUUGUAUCAUGUUAUCAAUUCCAUUAAGAUAUAAUAGGGUUGUACCUUUUGUCUGGUAUCAUUGAUUUGUACCGUGUAAUUCUGAAUGAUAAAAUUAGUGUGUACCUUUGUUUGAUAUCAUAGAUUUUAACCAUGUAAUCAGGGUCAGUAUGAUUUCAUAUGUUUAUACUUUCUGUAUGAUGUCACAGGUUUGUACCUUCUAUAUGAUAUCAUAGUUUUGUACCAUAUAAUUAAGUUCAGUGUGAUAUAAUAGGGUUGUAACAUAUGUAUGAUACCAUAGGUUUGUACCAUGUAAUCAAAUUCUGUAUGAUAACAUAGGUUUCUACCUUCUGUAUAAUAUCAAAGGUUUGUAACAUGUAAUCAAAUAAAGUAUGAAAUAAUAGACCGACAUAUAGACAGACAGACAUACAGUUUUAUCGGCGAUUCCAUUUAGUACAUAGCAAUAUAAACAUAUCAAAUAUUUCAAUAUAAAAGCAGGUCAAGUGAAUGUGCUUGGAAUAUAAUAUAAUGAUAAUGAUAUAAUAUAAUAUAAUGAUUGCGGGGAUAUUCUUAACAUAUUCGAUGUGAGUUUAAUAUUUGGAGUCUAUGUAUUUCUGAAACAAGAUGGGUAUGAUAUUUAUUUGUAGUACAACUAUUUAAUAACAUUCCACCAUUUUAAUUAUCAGAAGCAAAACAACGACAACAAGCUUCAGCAGACAAUGUAUACAGUUUGAACAAUAACAACAACAAUAUGAAAUAAUUGGUUGGUACAUUCUGUAUGAUAUAACAGGUUUGAACCAUGUUAUCAACUUCAGUAUGAUAUGACAGGUUCGUACCAUAUGUAUGAUAUCAUAGAUUUGUACCAUGCAAUCAAGUGCAAUAUUCUUUGAUAGGUUUGAACCUUUUGUAUGAUAUCAUAGGUUUGUUCCGUGUAAUCAGAUUCAGUUUGAAAUAAUAGGUUUGUACCUUCUGUAAUCAGGAUCAGUAUGAUAUAAUAGGUGUGUACCUUCUGUAAUCAAGUUCAGUAUAAUAUAAAAGGUUUGUACCUUCUGUAUGAUACCACAGGUUUGUUCCGUUUAAUCAAGUUCAGCAUGAUAUAAUACGUUUGUACCUUCUGUAAUCAAGAUCAGUACGAUAUAAUAGGUUUUUACCUUCUGUAAUCAAGUUCAGUAUGAUAUAAUAGGUUUGUACCUUCUGUAUGGUUUCACAAGUUUGUUCCAUUUAAUCAAGUUCAGCAUGCUAUAAAAGGUUUGUAUCUUAUGUAUGAUAUCACAGGUUUGCUCCAUUUAAUCAAUAUCAGCAUGAUGAAAUAGGUUUGUAUCUUCUGUAUAAUAUUACAGGUUUGUUCAAUGUAAUCAAGUUCAGUAUCAAAUAAUAGGUUUGUACCUUCUGUAUGAUAUCAUAGAUUUGUACUAUGUAAUCAAGUUCAGUAUGAUAUAAUAGGAUUGUACCUUCUGUAUGAUAUAUUAAUAUGUACCAUGUUCAUGUUAUCAAGUUCAGUAUGAUAUAAUGUUUGUACCUUCUGUAUGAUAUAAUUAAUAUGUACCAUGUUCAUGAAAUCAAAUUCAGCAUGAUAUAAUAUGUUUGUACCUUCUGUAUGAUAUAAUUAAUAUGUACCAUGUUCAUGUAAUCAAGUUCAGUAUGAUAUAAUAGGUGUGUACCUUCUGUAUGAUAUCAUAGAUUUGUACUAUGUUAUCAAGUUCAGCAUGAUAUACAGGGGCGGAUCCAGGAUUUCUGGUUAGAGGGGCGGGAUAUUGAAAGAUGUGCUGGGGGUCCAGAAGGCCGCAAGGGCCCCUGGUGGGUGCAGGGCAAAGCCCUGCUAGGGGUUCCAGUGGGGCAAAGCCCCGCGGACGCUCCACGAUAUUAGUGAUUGUUAAGGCUUUGACAACCACAUCUCGAGCAUGUCACGACUUAUGUGCUUUCAUCAAAGUAUCUUCUUAUAAUGCCAUAAAUGUGCAUAGUUUAUACGUGAUACGGAUGGAUAAAGCCUGAAAAAAUGCUAUAAAGAAAAACACACUAACGGUUAUCAGGCUAGUACUGAAUACAACAGGGAGGGGGAAGAACAUGACAACAAGUUUUGUACCUACAGCAAGAGAAUGAACAAGAUGAAGACGAGAUUUUAUUUAACUGAUAAGUUAUAGAUCUAUCACUCAAUUGCAAAUAGAGUAAAAUAUUUAACAAUUGUCUGUGGUUCGUGGAAAAUGUAGUGUACGAAAAAGAGAAAAAUGAGUUUAAAUAGGUAAUUUAGAUCUAGUUAAGUGUGAAGCAUAAAAAAUUAUUGACUUUACUUUGGCGAGUUUAGAGGGGGCGUUCACCCCCAUUGGUUCCUUCUAUAUUAUAAUAGGGUUGUAUCUUCUGUAUGAUAUCACAUUUGUUCCAUUUAAUCAAUGUCAGUAUGAUAUAAUAGGUUUGUACCUUCUGUAAUCAAGUUCAGUAUGAUAUAACAGGUUUGAACCUUCUGUAUGAUAUCAUAGAAAUGUACUUUGUAUUCAAGUUCAGCAUGAUAUAAUAGGUUUGUACCUUCUGUAUGAUAUCAUAGAAAUGUACUUUGUAAUCAAGUUCAGCAUUGUAUAAUAAGUUUGAACCUUAUGUAUGAUAUCACAGGUUUGUUCUAUGUAAUCAUGUUCAGUAUCAUGAUAUAGUAGGUCUGUACCUUCUGUAAUCAAGUUCAGUAUAAUAUAAUAGGUUUGUACCUUCUGUAUGAUAUCAAAAAUAUGUACCAUGUUCAUGUAAUCACGUUCAGCAUGAUAUAAUAGGUUUGUACCUUCUUUAAUCAAGUUCAGGAUGAUAUAAUAGGUUUGUAUCUUCUGUAUGAUAUCAUUAAUAUGAACCAUGUUCAUGUAAUCAAGUUCAGGAUGAUAUAAUAGGUUUGUACCUUCUGUAUGAUAUCAUUAAUAUGAACCAUGUUCAUGUAAUCAAGUUCAGCAUAAUAUAAUAGGUUUGUACCUUCUUUAAUCAAGUUCAGGAUGAUAUAAUAGGUUUGUAUCUUCUGUAUGAUAUCACAGGUUUCUUCCAUUAUACAAGUUCGGUAUGUUAUAAUAGGUUUGUACCUUCUGUUUGAUAUCACAGGUUUGUACCAUGUAAUCAGGUUUAGUAGGAUACAUGUAUUAUAGGUUUGUACAUUCAGUAUGACAUCAGAGGUGUGUACCUUCUGUAUGAUAUUACAGAUUUGUACCUUUUGUAUAAUAUCAUGUUCAGUAAAGCAUUAUUGGUAGGGUGACAUUCAGGGCUUUUAGAAACAGGGACCUGGACACCAUGUUGCAACAAGCCAUGUCAUAUACCAAAUUGAUCGGGAUACCUUGAAGUUUAUCAGACCACCGGCAUAAAUUGUCAUAAAUUGUGGCGAGCUGAGAAAUCCAAGAUGGCGGCCAAGAUGGCCGCCAUUUCUUUUAAUAUUGGGUAAUGAUAAGAAGAUAAGAAGUCAUACUUUUUCACGUACAUUUGAUACAAUUAAAUUGCUUGUGAAUAUU